AUGUCUUACCAGAAGCCUGAGAAGGGAGAUUUUGAGGGUCCCACCACAUCUGCUUGGUCGUACUACUACUACUACUACUACUACUAUUACUGCGUGGCCGCAGAUGCUAACAGUCCUGCUCCAACAAUACAGAAGACCCACAAGAUCCGCAUCACCCUGACCAGCCGCAAGGUCCAGUCCCUCGAGAAGGUCUGCACCGAGCUGAUCGAGCGUGCCAAGGGCAAGGACCUGCGCGUCAAGGGCCCCGUCCGCCUGCCCACCAAGACCCUCAAGAUCACCACCCGCAAGACCCCUUGCGGUGAGGGUUCCAAGACCUGGGACUGCUACGAGAUGCGCAUCCACAAGCGUCUCAUCGACCUCAACGCCCCUACCGAGAUCGUCAAGCAGAUCAUCGUCAACAUCGAGGCUGGUGUCGAGGUCGAGGUCACCAUCGCCGCUUAA